GUUCAGGUGAUCUUCGAGUUCAAGUUUUUUAAGCAAAGAUAAAGGAUAGGUUGGACCAACAAGAGUAAGCAUUAUUUUCCGCAAUUUAACUCAAGCUGUUUAAAUGAAGAUGGCUUAAGAGGGGUAAGUUCGUUCCCCUGUCAGCUGUCAUCAUAAACCGCCCUUCGCCAAACGCUCUCGGGCUUAAUUUGAUUCGUUCCGAAAAGCAACAACACAAACACGGCUUGAGCAUUUUCCACCGCUCGCGCGCCUAACACCAAACAGCACGUGUGUGUGCCAUACACAGCAUAGGUAACAAAAUAUGAACAACGGCAGAUAUGGCAGAUUUGGAGCACUCAUUGCCAUUGCGUACGUGAGCGUCACCCACUGCAGAUUUCUGAUUUACUCGACAAAAAACGCCGAGGUCUUGGCCUGCCAUGAGCUGAAGCUGCGGCAGAUCGUCCACCAGGCCGGCUGGCUGGAAUAUGACCUAUCGGAGAUCUGGAAAUACAUGCAGGAGUGCAUUGAGACGGCGUACAAGAACUUGGUGAUACUGGAAAUCGAUCCGCAUGACAUCAUCGCCGUGGGAAUUGUCAAUCAGCGGGGAACGUCCGUUGUGUGGAACAAGUACACUGGCCAGCCGCUGCACAAUGCCAUUGGUUGGUCGGACAGUCGCAGCACCCCAGUCCUGAGAAGGAUCCUGCACAACGUGAAGCAGAAUGUGGAUUAUGUGAGGGAACGCACUGGGCUCCCGUUGAGUGGUUGCUUCAGUGCCUUGAAGAUUCGUUGGCUGAUGGAGAAUAUUCCGGCUGUGGGAGGUGCAAUAAAUGAGGAGAAGUGCUUUUUCGGCACUCUAGACUCCUGGUUGUUGUGGAACCUAACCGGUGGCGUCCAGGCGGGAGUUCACUCGACGGACAUCACCAAUGUGCACUACACUUCGCUAAUGAACCUGUCCACACAGCAGUGGGAUGCAAAGCUGUGCCGAUUCUUCAAUCUGCCCAUAGAAAUACUGCCACGGAUACGUUCCAAUUCCGAAAUAUAUGGCUACGUGCUGGACGGACCGUUGUUGGGAGUCCCUAUAGCUGGGGUAAUUGGCGAGCAGCCUGCCUGUUUGAUGGGCCAACUGUGUAUUAAGGCCGGCCAGAAUGUAUGCACUCUGGAUGACAGCUGCUUUGUCCUACUCCACACGGGCACAGAAAAGCUUGAAUCAGAGAAUGGACUGAUCACAGGAAUAGCGCACCAGCUGGGACCCCGAGCGCGGACCAACUACAGCCUUGAGGGAGCCAUUUCCAAUGCCGGAUCCACAGUAAAUUGGCUACGCGAAAAGCUGCGCAUCAAUACCGAGAUUAACUCCAACGACAAUGUAGUGGAAUCACUUAAUACCUUUAUCGGCGACAGCUCAAUGAUUUCCUCCACCUGCUCAUCCUCCAUGCUCAAUGCUGAAUGCGGUCUGGCGGCCAAACGGUCAGAGAUUACCCUUGCUCCAGCCUUUCAUGGUCUGUAUGCGCCCUAUUGGCGCUAUGAUGCUAGGGGCAUAAUUCUGGGCCUCUCCAGUCAGACUACGGCGGAGAACAUCACCCAGGCUGCCUACGAGGCGACCGGCUUCCAGAUCUACGAAGUUCUCGAGGCUUUCAAGCGGGACACGCCCAACUGGGAUCACGCGUGCAUGCAUCCGGUGCUCACUUUCGGCGGCGAGUACGCAGAAGACACACACCUGGUCCAAUUCAUAGCGGAUAUCAUGGGCUACAUGCUGGAACGGCCGCAUACCGCCUCGCCAGCUGGUCUGGGAGCUAUGAUGGCGGCCGGCGUGACCAUGGGCGUGGUAUCCCUAGAAUAUGCGACAAAGAUGUAUGCUCCACCGACAGACGUCUUCUCACCCACCACCACACCGAACCGUCGAGAGGUGCUCUACAGGCGCUGGGACUACGCAGUAAAGAGGUGCCUGCACUGGAACAACUUCGAGACAUACGAGGCAGACAUCGAGCUGUUCUCGCAGCGCGAACGUGAUCCCAAUCUAGCCAUACGGCGAUCAAUACCUGGCAGCAUAUUCAUAGUCACAUCGUUUGGUCUUCUCCUGCUGGCCAGGUACCUGCACAACAAUCCUCUGACCUAAUGCGCAUCGGAGGAGCCGCGGAAGCAGCUAUCGUGUGCAAUUCUAGUCAACCAAACAUGUUAUGCAUGCGCAUUCAAAAUUAGUUGUUUAGUUUAGUAUUUAGUCGUUCAUAGUUAAUUCUCUUUAUGGUUAGCUUUCUUAUGUAUAUACUCUCGUAUCAUUUUUUUACUUUGCCUGAUUCGUAGAUUAAAUUUUUGUGAAUUACCUUAUACACAAAAACCACACAACUUUAAUGGAAAUGUUCAUUAACUUGUGUAUACUAAUAGUGUGCCGAUCUGUUAAAUUAUUCAGUUUAGCGUAUUUAUGCAAACGAUUUGUAUUAUUUAAAAAACUAAUGACAAAUCUUAAUGCUGUGAAGAGAUGUAGACACAAAAAGACACGUACGUAUCUAUUAAACCGAGUAAAACAAAAAGAAUGUAGAAAACCAGCCGUCGAGAAUGCAUUUUCAAGUGUCCAUUGGACCAGAGGCCGUGGUUGAAGCAUAUCCCUGCUCUCGGGUAAAAGUGGCCAGUGUGAAUAAAUCAAAUGAAUCUGUUGAUGUAGAUUCACUUGAUUUUGUGGUGAUUGCCAAUAAGACAAUCGUAUGCUGAAAAUGUAAAUUUGUAUGCUACCGGUUCAUGUACCAGUAACAAAUGGUCGCCGCAAUCGGUACUUGAACAAAUUGGGCUUCGGAGAUGUGAAUACGACAGAGUUUUCUUUCGUACUGAUUUUAUUUGGUAAAAUGCGAGGUUUAUAUACAAGUUCUAUGAGUAUAAUUGUUUACUUAGGAUAUUAGGUAUUUUUAAUUAGUUCUGAGUAUAAUAUUGCUAGGGAAAUGUGUUAUAUAUAUUUAGGACUAAGCAAUUACUACAAAUCCAACAGUGGAAUAUUCCAAGGGUCAGAUUUAUGACGGUCACAAUGGUUAUCAUGCAGAUGGUGUGAGAUUUGACCACAUGCAGGUCAUCCAGACUGUGUUUAAUGAUAGUGCUGUAAAUAUCUUAACAGUGUAUGUACACAAAUGCAUGCAGCUGUCCGUUGUAUA